GUUCGCGCACCUGCUAUCGCUCAUUUCGACCGUCGGACACGCGCUCACUGAUCUCAAACAGUCGACAAAAUGGCUCGCCGUCCCGCCCGUUGCUACCGUUACUGCAAGAACAAGCCCUACCCCAAGAGCAGGUUCAACCGUGGUGUUCCCGAUGCUAAGAUCCGCAUUUUCGAUCUCGGCCGCAAGAAGGCCAACGUAGACGACUUCCCUCUCUGCAUUCACCUCGUCUCCAACGAGUACGAGCAGCUGUCCUCCGAGGCUCUCGAAGCCGCCCGUAUUUGCGCCAACAAGUACCUCGUCAAGAUUGCCGGAAAGGAAGGUUUCCAUCUCCGUGUCCGUGUCCACCCAUACCAUGUCGUCCGUAUCAACAAGAUGUUGUCGUGCGCUGGUGCCGAUAGGCUCCAAACCGGUAUGCGUGGUGCUUUCGGCAAGCCCAACGGUCUUGUCGCCCGUGUGAACAUUGGCCAGAUCCUCAUGUCCGUCCGAACGAGGGAUGCGCACCGCGCCACCGCCCUUGAGGCGCUGAGGCGAUGCCAGUACAAGUUCCCCGGUCGCCAGAAGAUCAUCGUCUCCAGGAACUGGGGUUUCACCCCUCUCCGCCGCGAGGAGUACGUCGAGAAGCGCCAGGAGGGCAGGAUCAAGAUCGACGGCGCCUACGUCCAGUUCCUCCGCAACAAGGGUAACCUUGCGUCGAACAUGAAGCGCUUCCCCCAGGCUUUCGCUCAGGAGGCUUAGAUUUUGGGCGAGUGAUGAGAGCGUUCGAUGAUGAUCAUGCACAUUGGGUCAAAUGGGAUACCGGUUCAAGGCGUUUUCAGUCAUGAAUGAGGUUGAGGGUGAAUAUCUGCGGGAUGCGCUGUAGAGAAGAACCAAUAUUCAGCCCGACAAUGACAAUGAUACAACAAGCAUGAUCCUUAAUCUGAUGUUGAGUACCGUGCUGGUGAUGUACAUUUGAACUGAUGCUCAGUAAGACCUUGAGGCCCGUACAUCUUGCGCCCGCGCACGCGUUAUUGGAAGUCAAUGGAAUACAGAAUUGGUAAACUUCACUUGAUAGAUUUUCCUCUCCAUAGUAGUAGUGUCAC